AUGGACGACGGCGGACAAAGGCGAAAAUGGGAGUAUUGCUGGAUUGCUCUGUGUUUCUCUUUGCUAUUGUACUUCGUGGAGCAGGUUUCCGGUCAGAUAAGGUACUCUGUUCCGGAGGAGGUGAAAGAAGAAACAGUUGUGGGAAACAUUGCUAAAGAUUUGGGUCUUGAUGUUGGUACUUUGGUGGACAGACGACUGCGUAUCGUUUCUGGAUCUAAGGACGAGCUUUUUAAUGUAAACCAGGACAAUGGAAUCUUGUACAUUCAAAAGAAAAUCGACAGAGAGAAAAUAUGUGACGGUAAUGAGGUCUGCUUCGUCAACCUAAAAAUUGCUGUUGAGAAUCCUCUUGAAAUUCAUUAUAUUGGAAUUGAAAUAGUUGACAUAAACGACCACGCUCCCAGUUUUGCAGAUAAGCACUUACAUUUAAAGGUAGCAGAAAAUAAAGCUCCAGGUGCGCGACUUGAUUUGCAACCAGCCCGUGAUCCAGAUAUUGGUGCUAAUUCUAUUCGCACUUACAAAUUAAGCCAAAAUGAACAUUUUACUUUGGAAAUAAAAGACGGCGAUGAGGAUAGAAUUCCCGCGCUUGUUUUGCAAAAAUAUUUGGAUCGGGAAAGUAACCAUAAACAUGAAUUACUUUUAACGGCUAUUGACGGUGGAAAUCCACCAAAAUCUGGGAAUCUUAAUAUAACUAUAACUGUCCUUGAUAUAAAUGACAAUCAGCCUUUGUGCAGCCAAGAGCUGUAUUCGUUAUCUUUACAUGAAGACGUUGCUGUUGGAAAGAUUGUGAUGAGAGUGAAUGCUACUGACCCAGAUGAAAGCAGUAAUGGAGAAAUAGAGUAUUCAUGGGGUACAAAUACUAAAAGUAAAAUUCCAGAAAUUUUUCAGGUUGAUCGCAUUACUGGAGAAAUUCAAGUUAAAAAGGAGAUCGAUUUUGAGGACAUUCAGACUUAUAGAUUAAACAUACAGGCCUCCGAUAAAGGACAGCCUCCGCUCUCUGUCGACUGCAGGGUUAUUAUUAAAAUAAUAGACGUGAACGACAAUAAACCAGAAAUAGAAGUAACCUCAAUUCUAAACACCGUUCCAGAGGACUCAAAACCAGGAACUGUUAUUUCACUGAUUAGUGUUACAGACAAAGACUCUGAAAUUAAUGGCAAAGUCCUUUGUAGCAUCUCAGUUGGUUUGCCAUUUGAGCUAAAGUCAUCUGUUGAAGAAAACGUGUAUUCAUUAAUUACAAAUAAACGCUUAGACAGAGAGCUCAUAUCUCACUAUGAUAUUGUAUUAACGGCUAAAGACAUGGGCCAACCGGCUUUGUCUUCUUUUAAAUCUCUGAGUGUGCAGAUAUCAGAUAUAAAUGAUAACCCCCCACAAUUUCUUCAAAAUCCACUUGAGCUUUAUUUAAAAGAAAACAAUGUUCUAGGCUCUUCAAUAUUCUCCGUGAGCGCAACUGACAAAGACCUGAACGAAAAUGCGGAAAUUACGUAUCAGAUCAUGAAAGGUGAAGCGAGGUCGAAUGGCAUGUGGUCAGUUUUUAAUAUUAAUGCAGAGACAGGUGCUAUACACGCACUAAAGAGCUUUGACUUCGAAACCAAAAAGACGUUCCAGUUCCACGUGCUCGCUACAGAUUCUGGAACUCCGUCACUAAGCAGCAACGUCACAGUGAACGUGUUCAUUCUGGAUCAGAACGACAACGUUCCAGUGAUCUUAUAUCCAGUCAGCGCUAACGGUUCUGCUGAAGGUGUGGAGGAGAUUCCCCGCAAUGCCAACGCAGGACAUUUGGUGACUAAAGUGAGAGCCUAUGACGCGGAUAUAGGAUACAAUGGCUGGUUAUUAUUUUCACUGCAGGAAGUGAGUGACCACAGUCUCUUUGGUUUGGACCGCUAUACAGGACAGAUAAGGACCCUUCGCUCAUUCACAGAAACAGAUGAGGCUGAACAUAAACUGGUCAUACUGGUCAAAGACAAUGGGAACGUUUCACUUUCAGCAUCAGCGACUGUGAUCAUUAAACUUGUGGAGCCCAAAGAGGCUUUUGCAGCUUCUGAUGUUAAAAACACUGUAAAGGAAGAGGAAGAAAAUAACGUUACGUUUUAUUUGAUCAUUACAUUGGGUUCAGUUUCAUUUCUUUUCAUCAUCAGUAUCAUCGUGCUGAUUGUAAUGCAGUGCUCCAAAUCUGCAGACUAUUCCUCCAAAUAUUUACAAGAUACAAAUUACGAUGGAACACUGUGUCACAGCAUCCAGUACAGAUCCGGAGAUAAACGCUACAUGUUAGUUGGACCCAGAACGAGUAUCGGUUCUACUAUAGUUCCGGGCAGUAAUGCGAAUACUCUAGUGGUACAGGAUCGCAGGAGGAGAACUUCUGGUGAGGUAAGCAGCACUCGCUUUGACAACUGCUACAUUUUUUACAGUAUAGUAUGCAAGAAACAAACAGCACUUUUGUUCCUGAAAUGCAAAAUUAUAUGCUUUUUCUAA